AUGGCAGGAGAUGAGAUAGCCCAGAGAUGGGACCACACACAAAUCAGUGUUCAGGAUUUCUCCUAUAGGUGGACCAUCAGCAACUUUCUUUUUAUUACUGAGGAAAUGCAGCAAAGCAUUACAAGCCCAACUUUCUCAAUAGGAACCAAUGACAAAUGGUGUUUGAGAGUAUACCCGAACGGAGUCAAUGAAGAAAGCAUAGAUUACCUGUCAGUUUACCUAGUGUUUCUCAACUGUCUGAAGAGUCAUGUUUGGGCAAAGUUCCAGUUCUGGAUCAUAAGUGCCGAAGGAGAGAAAACCAAAGUCAUGAGGAGCCCAAGAGCCUUUAGAUUCGUGCCAGGCCAGGACUGGGGUUGCAAAAAGUUUAUUCUUUGAGAUUUUCUCUUGUCCUGUGUGAUUUUGAUUCUUCCAGAUGACCAGCUCACCCUUGUCUGCAAGGUGAGCAUGGCCCAGGUCUCUUUGAGCCUCUCUGACCAGAACAAGAAGCCAGGAAUUCUGGUUCCCAGAUGCACAUUGGCUGAUGAGCUCGGAGAGCUGUGGAAGAAUUCCCAAUUCACAGACUGCUACCUGGUGGUAGCUGGCCAGGAAUUUCAGGCUCACAAGGCCAUCUUAGCAGCUCGCUCUCCAGUUUUCAGAGCCAUGUUUCAAUAUGACAUGGAGGAGAGCAGAAAGAUUCGCAUUGAGAUAUCUGACCUGGAGCCACAAGUCUUCAAGGUAAUGAUGGACUUCAUUUACACAGGAACAGCACCAGUCCUGGACAGCAUGGCAGCUGCUGUGCUGGCAGCUGCUGAUAAGUAUGGCCUGGAGCAUUUGAAGUUCAUGUGUACAGGGCCAGUUCUCCUGAGUAUUGCAGCUGGUGAGGAGCAGGAACUUAGGCCAUAUAAGAAAUUACAGAAAACAGCAAUACAGUUGACGUGGCAAGUUUGCCUGCUAGCAGAGUCUACCCAGGUGGCUUUGAAACAACCACACUGGCUGCUACUGCUGGAAGUCACCUGUAGGUCAAAGCUGAACAUGUCCACGGACUGUUUCAGACUUUUCAGAGGGGGUUCCAGGAAGAGACCCUGUGCAGAAGCAAGGGAACUGUAUGCUUCAGCCAUCAAGUCGGGGUAUGAGCCCACCAUUGUCUUCCAGCCUGAGAACUCGGAGACAUCAGAAGCAUGA